UCUUCAUCUCCUGCAAACUGUAACAGAACACUGACCAAACGAAAAAGCUCCCCCAAAAACAAAACAAAACAAAACAAAAAAAAAAGAAGAAGAAAAACUCGUGAGAUCUCCCUCGAUCGGCGAUCCGUACGUCGACCGUCGAUCCGCUCUCUCCGACGCGCGUGUUUUUGAUGUGCAUAUCGUGAGGCUUCCCCGCUCCGAUCGCGGCUCGAUCGGCUCCCGAACUCCCGGGGUCGCCGGAGAGAAACUCCACCCGUCCUCGCGUCUCGCCGGAGGUCGGCGGUGGUGGUGCCGGCGAUGAUGGCGGUUCUCCGGCCGGUUAUGCUGGCCUCCUCCUCCUCCUCAUCCUUUCGGUUCACUCGCGGCGGCUGUUGAGACCUGGAGAUGUUCGAUCCUUUCUCUGUGGUCCGAGCGCGAUCCAAGACCUGGUUCCACAAGCGGAAAAAACACUCGGCGGCGGCGGCGGCGGUUUUGUUGCCGGAAAGGCGUUCGGUUCGGCUGGUGUCGUUGUGUGUUCUCUUUCUUUGUUUCCUUUUUUUAGCUCUCGAGGGAUUUGUACAGUUUUAGCGUUGUUAGCCUGACGGUGACGUAGGAGUGUUUAGGUUAGGGUAAGACGAACGUUAGUGGUUUUUACGGAUUUUUGGACGAAAUUUCGAAAGUGGAUAAGAUGAAUUUGAGCGCGGCCGAGGAGGAAUCCGAGAAGGAGAUCCACAUUCCUGCCGACAUCGAUUGGCAGAUGCUCGACAAGUCCAAGUUCUUCGUCCUCGGCGCGGCGCUCUUCUCCGGUGUCUCCGCGACGCUGUACCCGAUCGUGCUGCUGAAGACGCGGCAGCAGGUGGCUCAAUCCGAGGUCCCUUGCGUGCGGACGGCGUUCACCAUCGUCCGGCACGAGGGUUUUAGGGCUCUGUACAGGGGAUUCGGGACUUCCCUGAUGGGUACCAUUCCCGCCCGGGCUCUCUACAUGGGAGCCCUGGAGGUCACCAAGAGUAAUGUCGGAUCGGCCACUGUACAGCUAGGGUUCUCGGAGCCCACCGCGGCGGCUAUUGCUAAUGCCAUGGCGGGGUUAAGCGCGGCGAUGGCUGCGCAGCUUGUUUGGACUCCGGUCGAUGUCGUGAGCCAGAGGCUCAUGGUGCAGGGUGCUUGUCAUGGCCCUUCUAACUCGGGUGUUUCCUCCAAUGCGUCGGCUUGUAAAUAUCUCAAUGGAAUCGAUGCUUUCAGGAAGAUACUCAAAACUGAUGGUUUAAGGGGCUUGUAUAGAGGUUUCGGAAUAUCGAUCUUGACGUAUGCGCCGUCGAAUGCAGUUUGGUGGGCAUCAUACUCUGUCGCGCAACGCGUCGUGUGGGACGGAAUUGGCUGCUAUUAUUACAAGAAGGAUGGUCAGAGCAAUGAGAACGGCAGCAAUGCAAUUAAGCCGGAUUCGAAAAUGGUGAUGGCGGUUCAGGGGGUCAGCGCGGCCAUGGCAGGCGGGGUGUCGGCUCUAAUCACGACGCCCCUGGAUACAAUCAAGACGAGGCUGCAAGUUUUAGACAGCGAGGAGAACGGGAGGCGGGGACCGACCAUCGGACAGACCAUUAGGAACUUGGUUAAGGAAGGCGGUUGGAUGGCUUGUUACAGAGGUCUGGGGCCGAGAUGGGCUUCCAUGUCGAUGUCGGCGACCACAAUGAUCACUACCUACGAGUUUCUGAAACGGCUCUCGGCGAAGAAUCAAGACGGUUUGAGGUGACAAACAAUAAAAAGGGAACGUUAAGGGGAUUCUACUCUCUUCCUCUGUUAAAACUCUGUUAAUUUCUCUUGCUGUUUUCUUUCCUUUCUCUACGUCCUCUUGCCUCUUUGCCUGCCUGCCCUGAGGUCCAAUCAAUGUACAAGCUUAUAUCGGUAGGUUUAUCCAUCAAAUAUGUUAUAUUCGCUCUGCACGAUAUAUGAAUUAACUUGCUCAAACGGCUUGUCGAUGUUCCAUAUUUGGUCAUGUGCCAGUUGUAUUGCUCUGUUCUUGAAAUGCAUUUUAGGUUGUCCUUGUUUGAGUUUGGUUA